AUGGAUCUCUUCGCCGACGUCGUCACAAAGACCGACGAGAACUUUUGCGCCCUAUGCACCAACGAGAAGGACGUCGGAAAAUCUGGCAAGCCCCUCCACCACAAAGGGUCAUCCUUCCAUCGUGUAAUCCCCAAUUUCAUUUGCCAGAGCAGUGACUUCACUGCGGGUAACGACGGCAAGUCGAUCUACGACGCCAAGUUUACCGACGAGAACAUCAUGAGAAAGCACACCGUGACCUAUCGAUGGCGAAGGACGAAGUGGCUUGACAACAAGCACGUGGUGUUCGGGCAGGUGGUGGAGGAGUACAACAUAUUGAAGGCGGUGGAGAAUGUUGGGUCGGGGAGCCACCGGACCUCGAGACGGGUGAGUACUUCCAUCAGCACUCCAGUUGAGACAGGUGCAAUAUAUGACACCUUGGUCUUCCCAGAGGCGUUUUGGGUCCGAAAGCAGAAUCACCCCAUCUUUCCCGCCGCUGGCGCACAGAGGUCCGUCAUGGGACACAACAACAGUGUUCAUAUACCCAGCGUGUCCGGCCAGAGUCGAUCUGAGCUUACAAUUGGUCAGGGAUUGGAGAGUGUAGAGGGGAAAGAACGGGAGGAUGCUGCAAGUAACUUUCUCUUCUAA